UAUACAACAUGUUCGAUCAUUUCCCCUAAAUUCAUAGCUAACCCCUUGCCAUUUUCCUUAAUCUAUAUUCUAUACACAACCCACUCUCCUUCAUUAGCAAUGGCUCUCGUGAAUCUCAUCUUUAUAUUGCUCUUCUUGGUGUCACUAGUGUAUUCCAAAGUUACACUUGAGAAUUCUGGUUUUGAAUCUCCACCAACAAAUCUAACCACAAACUCUACCUCCCAAUUCAUACUCCUCGAUACCAAAACCAACCGCAUCCCCGGUUGGUCAUUCAACGGUACCGUUUGGAAUGUGACAGCUGACGAAAACGUUUCUCUACCUGAAAACGGUCACGGAGUGCAAUUAGGUCCAAACGGUAUGAUUAACCAAACAUUCAAGCAAGAUGAAAAUUACGAUUUUAUCCUCACCUUUACACUUGCUCCAAGCAGCCCAGAUUGUGCCAACUCCACUUCUGUAAAUGUUUCGGGCCCUAGUGCUUCUGAAGUAUUCUUCUUCAGAGAAUCAUUAGGGACCGAAAUGUGGCAAACCUAUGCUUAUUCGUUAUGGAACCAAAUUGGUCUUAUGAGCCUACAAAUUCAAAGUACAUCAACAAGUAACAACAAUAGUAAUAAUAUAACUUGUUGGCCUAUUGUCGACACUAUUCUAGUUACCGGUAUCGAGAGUCCAAGGUGGUAUUCAGAUAAUGGGUUUGUGAAUAGUGGAUUCGAAGUAGGACCAGCCUUUAUUGGGAACUCUUCUCAAGGAGUCCUAUUUGAGGCUGAUUCCAGCUAUCCAUACAGUUCAGUCCAAUCUCCACUCCAAUAUUGGACCAUUUUAGGUAUAGUGAAAUACAUUGAUUCGAAACACUAUGCGGUCCCACGCGGAGGUCGAGCAGUUGAAUUGGUUUCUGGUGCACAUGCGGGUUUACACGCGGAUCCUUACUCGGAUCUUAUUGAUGGGUCUUGA